UAGCUCUGUGUCUAUUAAAUUUUUAGGUUAUGUUUGACAUUUAAAAAUCAAAAGCGGCUUCGUCUUGUAUUUGUAUAUGAAUCUAUUAUGACUGUUGGAAAUACAAUUCUCCAACAAUAAUAUUAGAUCAUGUCUCAGAAUAAAAACGAAAUAGAUGAUACUAUUUGCAAAAUGGUAAAUUUUAUGACAGCUUCAGUGAACACCUUGGUCGAUGUUAAUAAAGAACCCGCUAAGAAUGAAUCUAUUAAUGAAGGCAAUGAUAAUAUUUCAUUAAAAAGACCUGCAUCAAAUAUGGCAGUGAAUGAUGAAUCGGCAACCCCAAAGAAAUUCAAGGGAGACUUAAAAAUGGACUUUGAUUACCUUGGAUCUCCACGAGAAAUGAGAAGACUCCGCUCUGAUGUUUUAGAAAGCAGAAAUACAAUCUUGAAUUUGGAAAACAGAAUAAGUCAAAUGCACAAUUUGAGAAAAGAAAUGCAAGUUAUAUUUGACAAUGAGAAUCAAACUUUAAAAAAGCAACAUGAAAUUGAUAGGAAAUCAGUUCUUGAGCUAGAGAAUAAACUCCAACAAAUUCGUAGACGAGAACAAGAAUUAAAACUGGACCUAGUGAAUAUGAAGUCUAAAUAUGACAACUUGAAACUUAAAACAGAUCAAAAGUUGGAAGAAAUGGAGAAAAAACUUUGCAACAUUACUUCUGAAUUCAAAACUCAAGAGGGACAAGAGAAUUCAGAAAUUGCUUCUCUUAAGAGGAAAGUCUUGGAUUUAGAAAAUAAGUUGCAAACUGCAGAGGAACGAGCUGAAGUACAUGUAAAAAUGUGUAAAGAUUUAGAAAAAGGUAUAGUUGAAAAAAAUUCAGCAACAGCAGAACUAGAACUAAAAAAUGCUGAGAUACAAAAACUACAUUUCAAAUUGAAAGAAUUGGAAUAUAUUAAAGAAAACUAUAUAGAGUACCAGGAACAGUCAAAGACACAAGCUAAAAAAUUAUCUCAGUAUAAUGAUAUGGAAAAGGAAAACCAGAAACUCAGAGAGGAAAACCAAAGAAUUAAAGACGAAAUAAGAAACAAAUUGGUUUUAGAAGAGGAAGUUCACGAUUUGAAAAAUAGGCUAAUGAAAUUCAAAGACCAGGAAGCUAAAUUCUCUUCUGUUCAGAUGCAAGUGGUCCAAGCUGAGAUGUAUUUGAACGAAUGGAAAGCUAUUGCAAGAGGCAUUUUGGAAGAAACCCAAGCCAAUGAUACCGCUCUGCCUCAUUUAUUGAGAUCAGCAGUGGAAAGGUUGCAACACCAUGAAUUGGCUCUUACUGACGAAAAAGUUACUCUACAGUCACAGUUGAACACCGCUCUACAUGAAGCAAAAGUAGCUAAAGAAGAACUGGCAAAAAAUCAAAAACUGCUUACCAAACUCAGCAGUACUGAUGAACAAAAGAAGAAUUUGAUUCAUCGAAUGCAGAAGAAAUUGUUGUUAGUCAGCAGAGAAAGAGAUAGCUACAGACUUCAAUUAGAUUCGUAUGAAAGGGAUCUAACAAUGACAGUGAAUACAACAGCUUUAGGUACCCAAGCAGCUUUGCAAGUUCAAGGUUUGAAGGAACGUGUGGAAAACCUUGAGAAAAUCGUCACUGAAUAUAGAGAUUUAGUGGCAAAACUAGAAAAUGACCUGCAGAAUGCAGAGAAUUAUUCAGUUUCUGAUUUACCACCAGUUAAACUAGAACAGAUAUCGAGGUUACAGAGCGACUAUGAGAAAUUAAAACAGGAAAACGAACGUCUGAGAGAAAGAAAGGACCAGUUGGAAAUUCAACUCGAAGAAUAUCUGGUUGGUAAUGACACCCUCAAAGGUGGUAAUGUGUAUCAUCUCCAAAAUAACCCAUUGACCGACUGUCUGAACCAGAGGGAAGUCCUUAUUGACAAAUUAGAAGAGGAGGUUGAUAGACUUAAAAGGAAAAUAAAAAAUAUGGAAGAGGGAAUGGAAAGUAGUAGAUUGGCCGACAUAUCUAUGUCCACAAGAGAGGUGCACCUACUGAAAGAGGAAAUCAAAAAUAAAGAGACGCAACACACCCAAAUGAAAGAAUAUUUCAAGUCGACCAUGCAAGAGUUUAGAGAUGUGGUCUACAUGUUAUUCGGCUAUAAGGUUGACAGAAACUCGAAAGCUUUGUACAGACUAACCAGCAUGUAUGCGGAAAGUGAGGAAGACGUCCUCUGCUUCCAAUUGAAUAAAGACGGGUUGUUGGAGUUGCUAGAAACCGAGUUCAGUUCCAAGUUGGAGAACAUGAUCGAUCUUCAUCUGAGACAGCAGAAUUCCUUCCCUACUUUCGUUAGUACUCUAACUUUGAAUUUAUUCUCAACUAGAACGAUGGUGACCGAACAAAACGGUUGAUCAUUUUUUGUAAUAUUGAGAGAUUUUAUGAUUUAUAUAAUAAUUUUAUGAACGAAUCCGUUGAAUUGGAAUUGCCAUGGUUCCUUUUUUUUUUCAAUCCGUAUGUAGACUAUUAGUGUGAAUUAUAGAAUUACAUUUAAUUCUUGUUAUUAAUUUAACAAAGAAAGAGUGAUUGUUUUAUUGAAUAGUUUUCUUAAUUCUUAUUUUUAGUUAAAAUAUUCCAACAAAUUUUAUUUUGUAAUAUAGCUGUUCAAAUCUUGUGUACGUUCCGUUUUCUAUUUAACUGAAAGAAUACCCUUCCAAUUCCAAAAGUUCGUUCAAUAUUUUGUGAGUAUAUUAUCAUUUGGAAAUUAAAAAACAAUUUAUAAGAUUUUGAUAUCUCAAAAUCUAUUUGUUUAAUUUCACUGAAAUCUUACGUGUUUAUGGAGUUCAUUGUUGAAUUGUUUUGAAAAUAUUCAGCUAUGUAGCUUUCAGACGUAAAUAAUUAAUACAGUUUUUCUCAUCUACAAUCUAGAUACCUCUGAAGACCUGAAUUUCUUUACCUAGCUAUUGAAUAUUCAUUUGUUAUGUUGGUAUCUAUGUUGCAGUGACCAUCUGACAGAUAUGUCAUGUCAUUUGGAAUAUAGGAGUGCUUUUUCCGUUGAAAAAAAAUGUUUAAAAAAUGUACUAGUUUAUAAAAUAGUUCGUUUUAACUCAAAACUUAGACAAUUUUUUUUCACUAACAUAUUUUUCUGUAGUUAAAUUACUUCUCUUCUCGAAGACAUUAGUGUAGUUAAUGUGAAACGCCAUAGUAAUGGAUAAUGUAAGUAGCUCUUGAAAUUUUCCUAACGAGUAAAAUUGAAUUGGUCAUUUUUGUGUUUCAGAUGAACGUGCCAAAAAAUCUUGAGAACCCUUUCAUAAAUUUGAGUUAAGAGGACUGUUUGCAUUCUGAUUUUGUCAAAGAUAAUAAAUAAGACAUCAAUUCAUUUAAACUAAGAUAAAGAAUAUUUUUUUUAUCCUAUUCUGAAACCUUUCCAAAAUAUUCCAGAGAAAAUAUCUUUGUCUAGAUUUAAGAAUUUAAAGCAAUUCAUAUUACUGUUAAUUUUUCAUUGGAAAAGGUAAAAAAAAGCAAUUUAUAUUAUAUAGAUUUAAUGAAAACUCUUAUUUAGAAUUAACACAAAUAGAAGAUAAUACAACUGUAAGCAACAAAACAUUUGUAAAAUAAUAAAACUUCAUUAGAAAAAUA